UUGGCCAAAUCGACUGUCUCCGCGCUACUUGAUACACUCGGACCCAACGACUUUGUCAACAUAUAUAGAUAUAGUGACACUGUGUCGGAAUUGCACCAAUGCUACACGAAAAUAUUAGCCCAGGCGGUACCGGAAACAAUACGAGAGCUUAAAACCGCUGUUUGGGGAUCUGAAGUGACUGGUGGCGCAGCAAAUCUGACCGGUGCUCUGACAACAGCAUUUGAGAUUCUCCAUCGGUACAAUCGCACCGGUCAAGGUUGUCAAUGUAACCAAGCUAUUGCCGUGGUGGGAGCAGGGGGUGGUACUGCGGGGGUAAAGACAGUUUUCCGUACUUGGAACUGGCCUCACAUGCCCGUACGUAUAUUCACGUACAGGGUAGGAGGCGACGCGGCCUCGGGUCACGAUAUGAAAGACAUGGCUUGCACCAACAAAGGAUUCCACGUGACUAUAAAUGAUCACAGCGAGGUACGUCACAAAGUGUUACAUCUUGUAGAGGUGUUAGCAAGACCUAUGGUGAUGUAUCAAACUCUUCACCCUGUACAUUGGAGCCCCGUAUACGUUGGUGGAAGGAGCAGCAGCUUGGACGACGAUGGAAUGGGACAGUUGAUGACGUCAGUUACAGUCCCUAUAUUCGACAGGAGAAAUCACACGCAAAGAGAGGCUAAUUUGCUUGGCGUAGUGGGCACAGACGUUCCUGUUGAUCAAAUAAAGAAGCUCGUGCCACCAUAUAAGUUGGGAGUAAACGGUUAUUCCUUCAUGGUGGAUAACAACGGGCAUGUUUUGUAUCACCCGGAUUUGAGACCUUUGCACACAAACGAGGAGUACACUGAAACAUUGAGACCACUCUACUCGAGCGUCGACAUCACAGACGUAGAACUACUCGUUGAUUCCGAUGAGAAUUCCAGAGUUAAUUUAACUUCACUACUAUUGGAUCUUCGUCACGAUAUGAUAGAACAACGUGAAGGAGAAACAGAAAUGGGUGUGAAAGUAGCUUAUGAAGGAAUGAGACGCGUCGGUACUAGACGUCAGAGAUAUUUCUAUGGACCCGUAGAAGGAACCCCUUACUCCUUAGCCGCUGUACUACCCGAUGGUUAUGGCAUGUAUGAACUGCAGGCUGAACAAGAAAUUAAACACAGCCCUAUUAAUGUCACGGAAUACUUUAAAGGAGACAACUGGAAGAUACAUCCAGAUUGGGUAUACUGUGAGUAUGCCUCCACAUCCGACCAGACGUUCUCGAGCCCCGAGGAGCAACUGCUUCAUUUCCUGAGCAGGUCAGGUCGUCCUGGUUGGAAGUGGAUGUCUCUACGGCCUCGCGCCCUCACUCUUCAUAACGCACACAAAAAACAGGACAGAGAUUCGUACUAUUGUGAUAAAACCUUAGUGCAGUCUCUAGUCCGAGAUGCAAUGGUAAUUAAAGAAUUGGACGCUCACAUUGGACACGCCAGCCAUCACACACACCCGAUAGCAACAUUAAUGGCACUACUGACAAGACAAGGCCGAUUUCACAAAUUCGUCGUGACGUUGUCCUUCAUCGCUACCAGAAGCGGUUUAUUGAAAUGGACUGAAAAUGUCAACACAUCGAGAACAGCUGACUCUUCUGAACCACACUUCAGCGAAAAAUAUGCUCGUGCUUUCGACUCUGAAUGGUACCGGCGUGCGGUGGAACAUCACUCCAUUGAACCGGAAAGUUUCGUGUUCUCUGUUCCCUUCCGUGACGGUUCCGAGCCCGAGGACUUCAGCGGGAAACCGACGCUAGUGUUAGCGACACACGCAGUCUUCGUUGAAUCAAGAGGACAUCGCGCACCCGCCGCUGUGGUCGGAUUACACUUCCAACUAGAUUCACUAGCUAGACACUUCUUGAACGUUACUUCAACGUGCACGGCGGGCAGUGUCUGCAAGAAAACCUGCGCUGGUGAUGAAUUGGAUUGCUACAUACUCGACGAUAACGGGUUUAUCAUUUUGUCGGAAGAUGUUUCACAGACUGGACGUUUCUUUGGUCAAGUGGAUGGGACUAUAAUGGAUUCGCUGGUUCAGGAUAGAAUUUACAAGAAAGUCACCGUCCAUGACCAUCAGGGCAGAUGUCCAGAUUCAAGGAGCCCCUUCAGUGGAGCAUCCAACAAACUGACACCUAUGAAACCUCUGGCUUGGCUCGGAAGUUACUUCACAAACUUACUUACUAUAUGGUAUCCAUUACUCGAGACUAUACAUGCACGAGCGCACCCUCACGCGCAAGAAGAAUUGGAUUAUGAAGAUUACGAGACCGAAGACAUGGAACACGAGGAAGACGUGGACCGUGAUCGUGGUACAUACGAGAUUAUUAUAGACGGCCUUGGAGGCUCUGAGAAGCACGAGCCUCCUCUCAGCCCCGGGCCGCCGCGGGAGCCCCCUCGCGAGGCCGCACGCUCCGCCGCCGUCCGACCCUGCGAUACUAGCGCUGAACUCUUCACCCUACAAUCCACCAGACUAAACGCCGCCCAACCACUUAAAGGAAAACUCACCAAUUGCCACAACUCUGGAUGCGAGAGGCCGUUCAGCGUACAGAAGAUACCACACAGCAACCUGAUCCUGUUAGUAGUGGAUACAUUAUGUCCGUGCGGCGCUAAGAGACUGGACGUGAGGGCGCGGGAGGCGGGGGGAGGGAGGAGCGCGUGCAGGAGACACCCGCGAGCACUGCCCAGGAGACGACCACGAGCAUGUGUGUCAUACCACCCUGAGGAAAUCGAGAUCCAAUCCUGCGGCCGCGGUGGCCGGACGGAGCCUACAAUAUUUGUGUUCUCAGUGAUCGUCCUACGAAUUUUGUUAAAAUUCGCAACGUGA